AUGGGCCCGAGGCAUACCAGAUAUAAUCCACCCCACAAAAGGAGCGCUAGUGAUUCCACUGUUAUAUUCGGUUACACUGACACAACUGGUACGAUUACAACAGCAAACACCAAUGAGGUUAUACUAAUUUGGUUUGACAGAAAUAUGGAUACGGAACCAGACGAAACAAAGAAUACAUUUUCGAGAAUAACCCACCAUAUACAAUUUUAUAAGUCAGACAAGGAAUUUUUUGAAUAUAUAUCUUCAAUUGAAAAUCAAAAUAAAACCGUAUUUUUAGUUCUUUCUGGCGGAUCAGCAAAAGAUAUUCUAAAUAAAAUUCAUUUAUUUCACUACAUUCAUUCCGUAUAUAUCUACUGUAUGGAUCAUGAUAGAUACGCACCAUUAAUGAUUGAAUAUCAUAAAAUCAAAGGUAUUUAUACGAAUAUAGACACAUUAGAACCUAUUUUACGAAAUGAUAUUGAACAAAUCACUCAUACAACAAUAUUUAAUUUUUAUAAUACAACAGCACAAAAAACUACACGUGAUUUAACUAUGGAAUCAGCUGAAUUCAUCUGGUUUCAAUUAUUACAACAAAGUUUGCUGAAAUUACCACAUGAUACAGAUGAAGCGAAACAUGACUUCUUUACUCGAUGUCGUGAUUAUUAUCGCAAUAUAAAUGUAACAGCAAUGGAGACUAUUGAUCGUUUCGAACGUGAAUAUAAAUCAGAAAAUGCUAUUAAUGAAUAUACAAAAGAACAAUUUUUAUAUCCAAUUAUUAAUCGAGCAUUGCGUACAGAAGACGUUGAAGCUUUGUAUACAUUUCGUUAUUAUAUCGUUGAUCUCUGUAAGAAUAUAAACGAACUAUCGAAAAAAUUUAUAUCCUCAUGUCUUGCGUGUUCACAAACAAAAAUGAAGCUCUAUCGUGGUCAAAAGAUGUCUACAAACGAACUGGAUAAAAUUAAGUUAAUUGUUGACGAUCGUGGUCUGAUAGCAACAAAUGGAUUUCUAUCAACGAGUCGAAACAUCGAAGUGGCUGCAUUUUUUGCUGAUCAAGAAUUUAAUGAACAAGACGAAGUAUGCGUCUUUUUUGAAAUUGAAGUUGAUUUAACACUGAAAUCAAUUAUUCUAGCCGAUAUAUCGGAAAUCACUGAUUAUAAAAGAGAAGACGAAGUGUUGUUUGGUUUAGGUGCAACAUUUCGAUUAGAUCAAAUAUCCGAACAGACAUACAACAAGGAUAACAGGAAAACUAAAUAUUGGUUGAUACAAAUGCAUGCGACGGAUGAAGGAAAACAAAUUGCUCAGGAAUACAUGAACUAUCAAACACAAGAAAUGAAGGGUAAAAAUGAAACAAUUGUAUUCGGACAAUUAUUAAUUCAGAUGGGCAAACAUCGAAAAGCAAUUGAUUAUUUAAAACAUUUAUUAUCGAUUGAAAAAGAUAAUAAUGAGGAAGAUUCUAAAAAUCUAUUAUUAUCAUCGUGCUAUGGAAAGAAUAAUGAUGACGCUAAUAUUUAUUUUUAUAUUGGUGAUGCAUAUGUGUCUGAGGGUGAUAAUGAGCUGGCACUGAAAUAUUUAGAAAAGUCACGUAAAAUCUAUACACUAUUAAAUAAUAACCAUGGUAUAGCUCAGACGCUGGCGCGUUCGGCAAGUGUUCUUGCUUGUCAGGGUAAGUACGCUAUUGCAGAAUGCACUUAUAAACAAGCUAUUGAAUUAUAUGGACAAUUCCCAGGUCAAGAAUUAAAUGUUGCUUUUUGCCAUAAUGGGUUGGGUGAUAUCUAUGUUAGCCGAAAAAACUAUCGUAAGGCAUCCAAUUACUAUAGGCGUGCGUACAAUGUAAGAAUAGAAUUUCUACCACCAGAUCAUCCAGAAAUAGCUAUGAGCUAUUUUAGUAUAGGACGACUAGCCUAUUAUCAAGGUGAUAAUGACCAAGGUGCUAUGAACCAUUUACAAGAAGCAUUACGAAGGAAACAAAAAAUUUAUCCACCCGAUCAUUUAUCAAUUGCAUGUAAUCUACAUGUUAUGGGUAAAGUUUAUCAUAGCUUGGGAGAAGAGACUGAAGCACGUGAAUGUUUACAGAGAGCAUUAGAAUGUUACCAACAGAAACUGGUUCCAAAUCAUACGAAUAUUUUAGAUGUAAAGGCUGCUAUUCGUGAAAUAAUAGAUGUAAACGAUGCUGCUAGAGUUAGGAAAAAAUAA